AUGGUACAAGAUUUUGUUCGACAAUUUCGGUAUAACAUUGAUAUUGUGCCUGAUCGCAAUUCUCUCACCAGUAUGAAGAAAAAGCCUACUGAGAGUUUUAGAGAAUAUGCUAUCAAGUGGAGAGAACAAGCAUCCAGGGUCAAACCGCCGAUGAAGGAGUCGGAAAUGAUUGAUGUUUUCAUCCAGGCACAAGAACCUGAUUACUUCCACUACUUGCUUUCCGCAGUGGGAAAUACAUUCGCAGAAGAAAUUAAAGUUGGGGAAAUGGUUGAAAAUGGCAUCAAGUCCGGCAAAAUUCUGAGUCAGGUAGAACUCGAUGCUACCACCCAAGCAAUUCAAAAUAGGUCUGGUGGUUUUGGAAAUCGAAAAAAGAAAGAGGAAGGAUCCAUGAUGGCAUCAAGGUCCAGUGCUGCUCAAAAGGGGACAAACCACCAAGUCCAACAGGGACAAUCCAAUUCACCUCAACAUUUUUAUCCGUAUCAGGAUCCUCACUACUCAAUUGCCCCACCCCAAUAUACGAUUUUCAACACCCAAGCAUAUGCCCGACCUCCUCAACGCCAACAAGUGAGGGCGCCUGCUCCACAAGGCUUUCGUCCCCAACAACAUAAUUUUCAAGCACCUUAUGAUUCACGUCCUAAGACUGAUUAUGUAAGAGAGCAAGGACAGAGGGAAAACUUCACCCUAAUUGGAGAAUCAUAUACAAGCCUACUGCGGAAAUUGAUACAAUUGGGUUUGAUUGAACCUAUCAUGCCGUAUAAUGUGAACCCAAGUGCAAGAGGUUUUGACCCCACUGUUAGGUGCGAUUAUCAUUCUAACACUCAGGGUCAUACCACAGAAAAUUAUUUUACUUUGAAGAGAGCCAUUGAGAAGCUAAUUGAUGACAAAGCAAUUGUGAUACAUGACGAAGAGGCUCCGAAUGUCACCAACAACCCACUUUCUGCUCACAACAAUGCUCAUGUUGUUGGGAUGAUCUGUGACGAUAAGGAAUACAAGCAAAUAGGCAAAACAGUAAUGGAAAUUGACACCCUAAAAGAAGGGUUGGGUAUAGUGACAAAGUUCGCACAAGAAGCACUGUUGAUUGUAAAAGGUGCAAGUUCUAAUACAAAUCUCAAAAGCUCGGGGAAUUUGAUAUUGUAUGUCCCUGGAGCCACAAAGAAAAAAGAGAUAUUAGUGACUGGACUAAAAUUAUAUGUUCCUAGUGGUUUUCCCAGGUUUGGUCAAAAUCAGAAUGGUUUAGGAAAGAUGACAGAACCAAUUGUGAUAAAGCACAUGACACAACUUCCAGUGACAAACACGAAAACUGUCCCAUGGAACUACAACAAAACCACCGUGACUUACAAGGGCAAAGAGAUUGUUGAAGAAAUAGAUGAAACUGGUGGCUUAAUGUGUUCUGGAAAGUGUUAUACUCCAGAAGAAUUAAGGAGAGCCAAACAAGCCAGGGAUAGCCAAUUUCCAGUGAAAAAACCUAUUACCGAAGAAGAGGCUAAAGAGUUCACGAAGAAGAUGAAAGUUUAG